AUGCUGAAGCCAAAUUCGUGCGGGUCGCUUGUUGCUUUUCCGGUAGGCCAUGACAAGAUUCGUUCAGUUCCAGUCCGCCCUGAGGCUUUCACGGCACCAAGCCCAAUCCGCACCACUCUCGACAGCACAAGAUGGCUCAAGUGUAGGCUGUGCCUCAAAUCUACCCAACGUCCCAAAGCUCUCCUCGCUAUGGCUCCCAAGACCGCACCGAAAGCAAAGGCCGCUGCCGCCAAGGCAGACCCGAAGCCGAAGGCAGAAGGUAAGGCCAAGGCCAAGGUGAAGAAAGAGGAGCAGGAGGAUGACAAGCCAAAGGUUCCUCAGCCCAACAAGGAAGAGUUCGACGCCAAGUCCGAGAAGAUCCAAGAGGAAAUAACCAAGCUGCAGGACAAGCAGAAGAAGCUCACCGAGAAGAUCCAGGAGCGCUCUGGCGGCAAGGAGGAGUUCUACGCCAAGAAGGCCGAGUUGCGCGCUCAGCUGGAUGUUAUCACGGACAAGAUCAACGGCCUGAUGGAGAAGAAGGACGAGAUCAACAAGGCCGUGGGCAACAAGCGAGAGGAAGGUCGCGAGAUGCGCUCCCAGCUGAACAGCAUGAAGAAGACCGUCGGCUUCACUAGCCAGCAGGAGAUCAACAACCGCAUUGCCACGAUCGAGUUCCAACUGUGCACCGAGUCCGUGCCACUGAAGGAGGAGAAGAAGCUCUUGGCUGAGAUCCAGACCCUGAAGAAGAACCGCUCCAAGGUAGACACCAUGAACACCAUGGAGCAGAACCUGGCGAAUUUCGACCCCGGAAUGUCCAUGAAGGAGCAGAAGGACGCCAUUAACGCCGAUAUCGCCCAGUUCCGUGACGAGAAGAAGAAGAUUCAGGACCAGAUGACCGAGCUGUCUGAGGCCAGGAAGACCCAACUGGGACCUAUCGAGGAGAUUCAGAACGAGCGCAAUGCUAUCGGCGAGAAGUUGAGGGCAAAGAUCGAGGAGCGUAAUGCGCUGCGUGACGAGUACCGCCAGCAGGAGCGUGAGUACUGGGCCUACCAGCAGGAACUCCGCAAAGCUCGCCAGGAGCGCUAUGCUGCUGAGAAAGCGGAGAAGCAGAAGGAGUACGACCUGCGCCGCAAGCAACGCGAAGCCGAGAAGCUCGAUGAGCAGCCGUAUGUCGCGGAGAUUACCUUGAUCGAGCAGACGAUCAAGUAUUGCAAGGGCCUCGUGCAGUCCAAGACCGAAGAGAAGAAGGACGAGAAGAAGGAGGUUGAGUACAACAACCCGGACGGUGCCGAGAUCCUCCUCCGCAAGGAAGAUCGAGACGAGGAGUUUUACUUCGCCCCUACAAAGGCUGGCAAGAAGGGCAAGAACAAGAACAAAGGCGGCGAGGCGAAGCCCACGAAGAUCACGCACAAUGCGGAAACCUUCCGUCUUUUCGACCAGCUGAAGCUCGAUGCACCGCUCUCCACGGAACAGGUGCCUGCCCUUCUGGAAGAGCUUGAGAAGCACCUUGGCCAAAGCUCGCAUUUCGGAGUGGAAACAUUUUCAAGGCAGCUGGGAGAAUUCCAGGGCAAGGUGAAGGAGUGGGAGGAGAAGCGCGAGGACAUGAAGAAAGCCAUCCUCGAGGGCCUUAACGAGAUCGCGGAGAACAAGGCAGCGCGAGAGGCCGAGGAGAAGGACGACUCGAGAGGGGGGACCAGGGCAGACUUCGGCAACUUCCAAGAUGUCCAGCAGAUGUCAGAGGUGUACAAGGAGCGGCAGAAGUUCGGCCGCUUCUAUUAUCGCUUCCCGAACGGUGAAGCGGGCACUGAUGUUUUCGAUCGCGUCAGCGACUUCUGGUCAAGCCUCCUGCGCUCUAUGGAUGCCAACCCUGUGGAGAAUUUAGUCCUCGUGUCUCACGGUCUCCUGAUGCGAAUCUUCUGCAUGGUCUACUUCCACUGGACCGUAGAGGAGUUCGAGCAAGUCUGGAACCCCUCCAACUGCGAAGUCUGGGCGCUGGAGAAGGGGCAGGGCAGCUACAACCUCGCUGGGCGAUGGCGGCCCUCCCCAACUGGCGGCUCCUUUCGUGAGAUCCGCUUCGGUGCCAAGAGAAACCAGCCGCUGUGGAACCACAUGAAAUGCAGACGCGGACCUCGAGUAUUUGUAGUGCCUUCUGGCGACGAGAGGCUUGAGGACCCGAUGUUCGCCUCUUUGCCCGGCAAUCCGCGCAGGAAAGACGAGAGCAAUGCGGCUAAAACGAUCACAGGCUCGCAGUACCGCAGGAAGCAAAAAGUCUUGGAGGCUGAAGAGAGCAUCGAGGAGGACGCAGAGUAA